AUGACCCCUCGACAUUCGAUCUUCCUCGCCAGUCUCUGCCUCCUACGCUUUUAUGUGUCAGCAUCAACCACGCACAAGAUUGUCCUCCCCCUUGAGAAGCGCUUGGAUACCGUCGAAUCCGAAAGCGAAACGGAAAACGAGGCACCCAACAGGAAAUUUUGUACAAUCUACCAGAAGGCCAUAAGCUACACUUACGAGGGCAAGACUACCACUACCUGGGCCCCCUUGGACAGUGACAAGUCCAUGGACCAGUGCAAAGAUGCUUGUCCCGUGCAAGAUCACAAUAGCGUUCACAGCUAUACUUGUGGCUGGACGGGUGGUGCCAAUUAUGUGUGGGAGAGCAUGACACGUCAGUGUCCACAGCGCCAAUCGAUCUUGUCCUUGAUACAGUAUCCGCUAAUCUCAGCACAGUUCCCGACGUCAACCCUCAAUUGCGCAAUGCGACUGCCCCCUGUGUCUGCGAUGAUGCCCUGAUUGACGAACUCGUAGGUGAUUUCGUCAAAUCGUUACCGGCUGUUGCUGAAGUACGUAUUUGCUUCCCGAUCAUGGAUGACCAUUCAAGUCUGUUCGUAAUCAGACAUUUCCACUGUGAUGGCCUUUUGUUAAACAGGAAGCACUAACCGAUGAGCCCCUAGGUAAUCUGUGAUGUCUGGGUCGCAGCUCUGGUAGGAUUUGUUGACUUCCUAAUAGACUCUGUCAUCGAUACCGUUGAGGAUGCCAUGCAUAUGGUUGAAAGUCUUGGAACUAUCACCGCUCCAGACGGUCAAAAGUUCUUUGCUCUCAACGCAGGACACCUCGACGUCAUCCAAGGAGCACUCCUGAUGAAUCGAACCUAUUCAACUCUGGAGAAAGGUAGAAACGCUUUUGGAAAAUUCAUUGCAAGCAAAGUUUGUUCGCGGGGAGCGCUCUCAAUCGACCAGAUCAAUCAAAUUUUCGAUGCUGUCAACACCGCCAGUAACUUGAUAGUCACAGCCGCUACCCUUCCGACAGGCGCGGGUGCUGCUGCUGAUGCGUUUAGACUUACUCAGAUUCCGAAGUGGGCGAAGGGUCUCGAUCCUCCGGACAGUGUACUCCCCAAAGGACCUGCCCCAGAAGCACAUCCUAGGAACCCAAUCAAGCCCUCUCCACAUUCCCAGGACAAGCCGGCUCCUAAGUCGGAAGCGAAGCCGACUGAAAAGCCGAAGACCACGGACAAUGCUCCACCCACGACAUCUGAGCAUAAGCCCAGCAGUACUGCACCGCAGUGUCAAAGGAAGAACGCCAAGAGGGGUAAGGGAGGCGGUAAAGCUGGUGAGUCAAGCAUCAAAUCCCGGGAUGUUGAACGUGUUCAAGAAAGCGACGAAGAACACUAAUCCUGAAACAGCCAAAGAAGGCGACGAAUGCAACCCGAUAACAGUCUACUACAUCGAAAAUUCGAAAGCAGUCGAGACAGAGCACAAGACCAAAUGCAACGGGCAGCGGUGGCCACAGGCGUGCGCGCACUACUCCUCCGCUAUCCAUGUAGCAGGCCGCAAAGGCAAAUUCACCUGCAGUGACAACUACAAUGUUGGAAGGGGCAAUCAAGAUAAAAAUCGUGGUGUCAAUGCGCCCUGGACGAACAUUUGGUCCGCUCAACAUAAGAACGCCGACUGGAAAAUUUAUACUCGAGACGACUAUAUAUUCCCUGGUGCAUCAGCAAGCAAGGGAGAGGCACCGCAGCCGAACGAUCCAGGUUGCGACAGAGACGAGUGGCCACCUGCUUACUGGAUUCCAUUAGGUAAAGGUGGAGCGGCAGAAUGGGGCCAGCAGGUCAGAUUUCUUCCCGGAUCAGAAAACAGAGGAGCGGCCAGUCUUUGGACGAAUUUCUGUACUUCAAACGAUGGGGGCAAGGGCAAUGCGCAGAGGCUCGUCAAAGAUGCAGAUGGCAAUCAACUCAACGGCGACGACAAGAAGCUGCUUCCAGAGGAAAGGCGUCCUCCAAACAAAGAUUUUGUGUCCUGGGACCUUGCCGAUGUCGUAGAGAAAGACAAAAAGAAAGGCGGUGAUGGCAAGUGGACGUCCACUAUCUGGUACAAAACUGUAACGUAUUCGCGCCCCGUCUGGGAGAUAACCUUCGACUCCUCAGGCGUUAAAUCUCCCACGAAACAGAACGACUACCUGCUGCGCGAGAAUGCAUGCUGGCCAAAGGACCUUGUUCCAGAAGAUCCUGGCUAUGUCCUCCUGGCAGAGGAUCCGUGGUACAAAGAUGCCGUGCUCGAUAAGGAUCCUUAG